CUGCCUAGAUGUGAGCGAUCUCCACAGAGAUACAGCCUGGCAUUUAACUGUACCAUUCCUACACGAGUCCUCUGAACACAGUCCACGGCCGGCCUUAUCUCACGCUGCAGAGAGGCAACUGGAACAUCUCGCCUCCGCCUUCAGAUAGAGACAGAGCGACACAACACACAUGCUGAGGAACCAGCAGCAGCCACAUGAACUAAAGGAAAAAUAUGUGCCAUGAACGGGUCCGGGAAAUCCCAGGCACUUUACUGCGGGUGUCUAUUGUCGGUCAUGUGGGUGGCACUGUGCAAUGGGACGGAGAACAAGACCACCCUGGCCUCUCUUAUCAGCGACGUGUACAGCGUCAUUGAGAAUAAGUCUGUGAUUCCUUUCUGCUUCACAAACAACCUGUACGAGCUUACGUGUUUCUGGAAAAGCAACAGCUCAGAUGCCUCCAGCUAUAAUUUUACCUAUACACCUGAGGAGAAAACUUGCAAGUUGACGACGGCGGCUGCUUCCGAUGACAUCUGGUGGCACAUCUGUCAGUUUCGAAACAUUGACUUAUUUUCUUUGACGCCUUAUCACAUCACAGUGGAAGAUAAGUUGAAGAAUUGCAGCUUCAGCCGAGACUGCAGAGCAGAACAUGUUGUGUACCUGGAGCCCAUUAAAAACAUCGAAGUGAAGGAGCAGUGGAGACCGCUUGGAUUGUGGCUCAUCCUCAACCACACCUAUCCAGAUCUUCUUGCCCUGACCUAUGAAGUGAAAUACAUGAGUGAAAAAAGCAACAUUCUGAAAACUGAGACAUUUCCGAAUAUACGAGGAAACCAGGGCGAUGUGAAGCUUUUCCUCGAUGAUAUUGUUGGAGGGGCUGAGUACACGUUCAGCGUCAGAGUCAAAGCAGAUGAGGAGUAUGACGGCUACUGGAGCCAGUGGACAGAUGUUCAUGUCCAGAUAGCAAAUGCUGUGGACCCAUUUCAUGUUAUGAUGUAUGUGAUUGCCGGCCUGAUACCGAUUGUGGCCAUCGUCAUGUUAGCUACAUGUCAGAGAAGGUUCCUCAAGACAAAGGUGUGGCCGGAAAUCCCAAGCCCAGAACAUCACUUCAAGGAGCUGUACACAACUCAUAAAGGCAAUUUUAAGCUGUGGUUAGAUCAGACGGACUCUUACCUUAUAUGGAUAUCUAGAAAUAUCUUUCAUGAAGGUCCAAUCUCUACACUGGAAGUCCUCUCAGAACUUCCUAAUGUGAUGCCCCAACCCGCACCUUCAGCACAACUGCCGCCCAAGGACAGCUACGUGACUCUUGAUGAGAGUUUUUUGCCCCACUUCCCGGCAUGGAUGGUAACUCAAAGACAACUAGACAUCCAGAUGGAGCUACUGAUUCCAGGUGAGACUCUCAGUCAGGAAAACACCUGCAGUAACAAUGGGAGAUCAGGAGAAGAUGAGAGGGAAAUGAGCACCGAGGAGGUCCCACCUGUGGAGGAGAGAAAGAGCCAUCUUACAAAGGGAAAGCCUGGCUGUCUAACCAUCCAGAGGGAGGACUCCCUAAGCUCAGAGGAAGGGAAGCAGAGUGCAGGAUCCAGUUUUGAGUAUACAGUUUUAGAGACGUGUGACGGGCUCUUAUCCCCCAGGACACGUUCUAUUCCUCAACGCCAGCCUCUGAAGUAUGCUUACCUAGCCAUGUCCGAGUCAGGGGAAGAAAGUCCUCCAGCAUCUCCAAACAUUUACCAGAACAGCAUCUGUGCCCAGCGACCAGCCCAUAUCUACUCCCAGUGCUGAGAAGAACCCAUGGACUAGAGGGCACUCUGGGAAGAUUGCUUCCUGGACAUGAGGACUCUGCAGGGUGUACAGAAUUACACCUGGAAAGACUGAGAACCACACAUGGUCUGCGGAUUGUACAUACCUUAACAUUUAUCUGCAAAAGUGGAGCAAUGGACAUCUCUCCUUAAAGGAGAACUCCAGUCUUAAACGAGGCACCUGCGCCGCACAGGGCUUGUACAGGGUUUGUGCUCCCCAUAACAGUCUAGUUUCUCUUUGUAUGGGAAGUGUAGGACGCAGUCUCUAAACUGCCAUUCCACAGUCAUGUGAGCAGCAGAUGCCCAGAUGAUGUGGCCAAUAUGGUCGAUACUGGGCAGUCACAUGUUCUGCACAGGAUCAGAAAUGGGCCCUGUAUACGAUGACCAUUUUAGUAUAGAAAGGAACAUCAGAUGAUGAGGAAAGGUCACGGUCAUGGGGUCAAUAAGCUGAGAUGUCAGGAGCUGUUUGGCCAGGGCCGGAUUAAAGGGGUUGUUCCGUGAUUAUUGUAAAAAAUGAAAAUCAGACAUCAUAUAGUACAGGCUUGGCCAACCUGCGGCUCUCCAGCUGUUGUAAAAUUACAACUCCCACCAUACCCUGCUGUAGACUAAUAGCUGUAGGUAGUCUGGGCAUGCUGGGAGUUGUAGUUUUGCAACAGCUGGAGAGCCUCAGGUUGGCCAUCCCUGAUAUAGUACAUGACAACCUCUAACAAAGCUAGAACCGGCCCUGUACCUCACAU